AUUGUGCGAUAAACCCCUGGGAUUCCACGAACGGAUUUGUCCGUGUAGCCUACAUCAUGUUGUAGGCUACAUUUUGCCAAAUAAUAAUUUUCUGCGUUGAAAAUGACUUUACAAACUGUAAAUUGAGAUUUUUCUUUAACACAAGAUUGGGAGGAUUUAUUUCAUCUACAGUCCUUGAGGAUCUCUUCUCCGCUUGCAUUACGCUGGAAAUAGGCUACGUAUUAGCCUACACUACCACGCGUACACAUUGCUGCAGGGGGAAAGGCGUCAGGACGAUGAGCCAGGGGAGAGAACACAGACAUUCCUGCUUCGUCUCCUUUUUGUUGGUGAGCACCCUGCCUCUGCUGCAGGCAGAGCACUCCAGCUGUGGGGAGAAUGAGUUUUAUAACCAGACCAGCGGCAGCUGCCAGGCCUGUCCCCGGUGCCAGCCGGGCCAGGAGCCCUACAUGAACUGCGGCUAUGGCAGCAAGGAUGAGGAGUACGACUGCGUGCCGUGUCCGGCAGGGAAGUUCUCCAAGGGCAAGUACGAGAUCUGCCGGCGGCACAAGGACUGCGACGCCCUGUACCGCGCCACCGUGCUGACGGCGGGGACGGUGGAGAGCGACGCCGAGUGCGGGCCUUGUCUGCCAGGAUACUACAUCCUGGAGAACCGACCACGGAACAUCUAUGGGAUGGUGUGCCACUCCUGUCAGAAUGCCCCGAGGAACACUAAAGAGUGCAUGCGUGGCACAGCUGUGUCUUCUGGCCGUACGCCCAGUGUUUCCUCCACCAGUGCCACCAUCUUCCCCCACCCACACAAAGAUCCAACUGGACAGGGGCACUUGGCGACGGCCCUCAUCAUCGCUAUGUCAACCAUCUUCAUAAUGGCCAUUGCCAUAGUACUGAUCAUCAUGUUCUACAUUCUGAAGGCCAAGCCAAAUGGCCAGGCCUGCUGCACUGGCCAGGUGGUGAAGGCAGUAGAGGCACAGACUAACAAGCAGGAAGACAAGAAAGAAGCCCAAGAUAAUGCGACAAUCUUCCCAGAAAAAGAUGAAUUUGAUAAACUCAAACCGACUCCCCCAAAGACAGUAAAAAGUGAGAACGACGCCUCCUCGGAGAACGAGCAGCUUCUGAGCCGUAGCAUCGACAGUGAUGAGGAGGCAGCUCUGGACAAACAGGGCACUGCUGACCUGUGUCUGCUGUCCUUGGUACACCUGACCAGGGACAAGACCUGCUCGUCCAUCAGCAACAACAACAACAACAGCAGCAAGUCCACUGGGGUCUUCUCUUCGUUGUUGCAGAUUCAGAGUCGAAGGAAGAAGAUUCUGGAUCUUUACACGAAAGCAUGCAGUGUGGCUGAGGGCCUGAGCCCCACGGAGCUGCCCUUCGACUGCCUGGAGAAGACCAGCCGCAUGCUGAGCUCCACCUACAGCGCGGACAAGGCGGUGGUGAAGACGUGGCGCCACCUGGCCGAGGGCUUCGGCCUGAAGCGGGACGAGAUCGGCGGCAUGACGGACGGCAUGCAGCUGUUCGACCGCAUCAGCGCGGCCGGCUACAGCAUCCCCGACCUGCUCACCAAGCUGGUGCAGAUCGAGCGCCUGGACGCCGUCGAGUCGCUGUGCGCCGACAUCCUGGGCGGGGCCGAGGGAGCCCCGCCCGUCGGCGCCGCCCUCGCGUCCCGCUGCGCCAGCGUCUGAGCCCCGCCUCUCCAACCGCCCGGCCCCGCCCUCCGUGGGCUUCCCGACCAAUGAGGGAUUCCAUCGCCUGGGAUUCCUGACUGUGCGACAGCGACCAGUUCAGGGUUAGUGGCUCACGGCCAUGCCCCCCGAGGGGCAUUCUGGUCACUGUCCUGCAGAGCGUUGUGCUUCAUUACCGUGCGCUAACAUCCACCAGCACUGGUAGUGGCAAGGACGUAUUAUGGCCAUUGGGAAUUGUCCCUGACUUCACUCCCCUCGCACAGGGUCUAUCUCUGUUGUGCAUGCAAUGGUUGGGAUAUUCUUCAGGUCUUUUAAAAAAUUUUGGAGGGGGGAGUGUACCUAUUUGUGAUGGUGACUCCAUUUUUGUGGAGUUUGCUACUGUGGUUUCUGGUACAAAGUCAGUCAAGUUGGUUGAGUCUCUAAAAAGCUGGACCUUGUUAUAACCACGCAGCAAAAAUCCAGUUAAGAGACACAAGGUAGCUUAGAGCUAACCAGGGCUGGGUCAAAUACAUUUGCAGUCAGUCCAGUAAAUUAAUUGAAAUUAAAUUCCUGAUCUGGAAAAUGCAUGUGAUGUUCUAUGAGUAUUUCAUGGAUUGGUGGAAUUGAAAUGGAAAUGAAUUCCAGCUCGACUGCUACCCCUGUUAUUUUUUUUGACUCAAAGUGUGACAUUCAAGUUCACAUUUGGUAACAAAAUACCAGGGCCUAACAAACAAAAUGGAUAAACAAGCAAGUUCAAGGAUUCAAAUGCGUAAUUGAUUAAUGGGAAAUUCUCUGUAAGUGAUCUUCAAAGCCAUGAUUCCAAAGAGCAUUCCUGCUGCCAUUUUCAUAUGCAGCUGUGUGCAUUUGGAUAAAGUUUGCUUGCUAAAAGGUUCAGAAAGUGCAUUUAUUUUCAGUAACACAGAGUCUCUCGUGGCUCCUGUGCUGUUUGCACAGAGAUUUACUGGCUCAGGCAGUAAUGAACUCUGUGAGCUUGUAUCUCAGUGAUGUCUCAGAAACAGCCUUUGGGAUUGCAUGAAGCCAGCAGUAUUAAACCGACAAUAUUCCUCCAUGUCUGAAGGUGCAGUAUCUGGGUCUUGUGAACCUUCAGCCAAUCAGAUCAACCCAUGGAAUAUUUGAAAAGGGAUGAUGUCAUAGAAUUUAGGCUCCUCCCUGAUGUGGCCCAUGCCCAUGUGGCCCAGUACUCUUGGAGCUUCUUAUAUGGAGAAAUGUAGUGAUUCAUAAUUGUGGCUUUGCAAAAAUAGACAAGACUUCUUGAUGCCAAAUGGAAAAUUCCAUAAAGCCAGCUGGUGGGGACUGACAGUAUCGCUGCUGAAUAAAUACAACUUCCAUCUGAUGUCAUCCUAUCUCAUGCCAUGCAAAAACACAGAGCUGUCCAUUUAGUAUGUCGCUAUAUGCUACAAAGGUCAAGUGUAUCUUAGUGCAGCAGAGGGAAGAAUUUCAAUGGAUUUUCACUGUUUACAUCUUUUCUGCUUCUCCAGUGUUGUAAAAGCAAUGUUUCACAGGAUUUUCAAAGGUGUUAUGCUAAGACCAAGAUUAUCAUAACCGUUACAGUAGCUUGUACAGCCCUCUACACAAGAUGUGUUUCUGUGUGCCUGAGUCAUUCAAACUGAUACACUGAUUGCACAUUUUCUGUGACCAGUCAGGUCCACUUGAAAUGAGAACUGCAUAUAUAAAUUACAGUUGUGAACUUUGUAGAACACUACACCUUUGUUUUGCUAUAGGGUUUUUACAAAGUCAACAGUUUGGGGCAGAAUGUAAAUAACUGGCCUAAAUGUGUACUGAUUUAAAUGGUAACAGUAUAACAUUCAUUGAGGUGUGCAGCAUCUAUCCCGGUAGCUUCACCUGUUUAUCCAACAAAACUGUCUGUAUCUGCCUCUUAAUAGAAACCUGGAAGAUAGCAUAAACUAGUUUGGUGCUCAAACAGAUACAGAUGUGCAGACACUGCACACCCCUAAUGUCUGUGAACCUUGGCUGAUUAAUCCACCGCUCACAGGGACCGGUAGAGUUUUCUCAAAUCAAAUCAUACCUCUUUUUCAAAAGAAAAAUACAUUUUCUGUACCGUACAUUUAAAAAAAAAAAAACUGAUUCUCUGUAUGUCUUGUAUUCUUAUACUCAGGAAAGCAGCUUUAUGUUAAAUUUGGGGGCAGCACCAUGGACACAUUUCAGAUCUGUUGGAUGAACUCCAUUUCCACAGGUCAUUCCUUUAUCUGUAUGGUGAAAUGCUCUGUGUACAUUUAAUUCCGAAUAGGAACAAAUGUACUCGUUCAGUGCAGUUAACUAAAUCAGAUUUGAUUUAAAGCUGAACAUUUUGAUGUGAUGUAAUCACAAUGACAAUAAGGCAGACUUGCAAUGGGAGCAGGACUCCAUCAGUGUAAAUGAAUAGACCUGCUUAUACCGGUAUUGCAUGUUUAGCAUAUAUUUGUGACACCUACAACUUUUCUUUGUCAUUUGUCAAACAGGACAGUGUUUUCAUGGACGAUUAUGUUGUUAAUAACAGGGAAGAGCAAAUGUCAUAAAGGGUAAUGCCAAUUUACCUCAUCAGCAAUCUGUACUAUAUACUGGAAUAUAAAAGAAAGACAAAACAAUUUAACCUACUAUGGAAACAAAAUGCAAAUGUAUAUAUAACUUAUUUCUGUACAUACACAUCAAUAAAGAGCUAUCAAUUACCGGUGAGAU